AUGGCAGAACAACAUCAACAAUAUCAACAACAACAACAAAAGCAACAACAACAACAAAAACAUCAACAACAACAUCAACAUGAACAACAACAACAACAGGCGGAACAACAAGAACAAGUAAAUAAUCAAAGUCGUCUACCAAGCGAUUGGUUUUAUUCGUCAGUGAUGUUAACUAACCGUCUAGAUAUUGGCGAACAUGCUGGCAUUGGUAGCUUUCAAAUGGAUCACCUGGAACAAAAUGAUCAAUCACCAUUAACCUUUAGCAAUCUUCCGGAUCCGGAAUUUCAGCGCAUUUGUCAAAAUAUUGAUGCAUCAAAUGAUAUCGUAACUACUGCUUCCUCCUCCUCUUCUCCUUCUACACUAAGCAAAUCAUCAUUUCAGACUACCUGUCUGGAAACAACUAUCUCACAUGACAAAAUCAUUCAAAACCGAGACAUACAAAUCAAAGGUUCAGUUAGUGAAUCGAACAUAGGUGGUGAUACUGACUUUACCUAUGCAGUUGUCAACAGUCCAAAUCCUCAAAUAACUGAUCGAUCUAGUAUGCGCAAUUGUAACUGUACAUUACAGACUCAGUAUUGCAGUGAACGUAAUCAAGAUGUCAAUUUGGGUGAACCACGUAUAAAGUUAAUCUGUAAUAAUAACGUUGGAAGUAGCAGUAGCAGAAAAAAUGAUAAUAUUCAGCUAGAAAGGGUCGAAAAAGUAGAAGUAGAAGAUAGUGACGGUGAUGAUGGAGGAGCACCGCCCAAUGUACUUUAUUCGCACUCAACAACAAAUAGCUCCGAUAAAAUGAAAUGGGAUUGUGGUGUGAGGUUGCCAUCAGCAAAGCGAACCGGAAUGCUCACGUCAUCUUAUUCAGUGAAUAUCGAUGCGCAGGACAAUUCAGGCGCACCAGAUGACGGUAUGACAACGACAACGGAUAUUGCUGGCAGUGCGGGAAUGAUAGAACCAACCAUGAUUGAGAUUGAUUCGGAAUUCGAUAGAAAUACCGGAGAAGUAAUUCAAAAAAUGGAGGUGACAACGAAUACAAUUCUUGAUAGUGAAGGAUCAAAAGAUAUUACCGUUCCAAAAACAACAAUGCAACUUCAAGUUGAAUCCAAUUUAAUGGAUGCGAUCACUGUAGCAGUAGGGACAACAUCUCCAUCAGCUCUACCAUCGUCAAAGGUUGGAUUAGAUGAACAACCUUCGUCACCAGCAGCUUCACUUGAACGUUUAUCACUGCCUUCUAUAAAGGUACCUAUCAAGAAGCGACUCAUACACAAUUCCCUUACACCAGUAUCUUAUAAUAAUAGUGGAAAAACGAUAAAUACCUGUACGAACAUUCCACCGAACACGUGUGAUAACUUAUCGGAGCAUCAUCAACUUUUACCGACAACGAUCGCUUCUGGUGCAACAGUUACAAGUAGUGCUACAGAGAGUGCAUUCUCAAGCUGUUACCAAAUGGCAACAACAGGAUCAACGGGUACCAUGAUCAUUGAGGAUCCUAUGCCACCUGUAACUACAUAUGCGAAACUACUGACUAGUAAUGAUGUUUAUGGAAGUGUAUUGAAUGAUCAGGCUGUCAGGCUUGUAUCCAAUUCUGACCCAUUACCUAUAACGGUGGCGAAUGGCUUAUCUGAAGCAGAAAUCGUCAACUUGUUAUGUCGAAAUCUUUGCGAUAUUGAGCGCAUUGUCGCACAGCAACGGAUUGCUUAUUCUGGAGCAUCGACAAUCCAGCUACCAUCAUUAUUGUCGCAAUGUAACAAUGGGCAGAAAUCACAGGUAAGCUAUACGGGUUCAAUGAUUGUACCUGAUCAUCAACAGCAACAGCAACAGCAGCAACAAUAUCAUCAUCAUUAUCACAAUGUUGCCAUGGAGCGGCGACGAUCCGGUACUUCAGAAAAUAGCGAUACUCGGCGGUUUCAUCCAUAUGCGACAGCAGCAACAACAAUAACAACAACAACGACAACAACAUCACCAACAACGGCGUGUUGUAGCAAUAGUAUCACCGUUUGUUCACCAUCGGUACCAUCUCGAGCUGAUCUCAAGCAGAAAUAUCUCCGUUCCCUAGCACCUGUACUUUACGAUUUGUUAACCGAUGAUUGCGAAUCCAAGAAUUGUCAAAAAAACACUGAUUCGAUGGAUUGUUCAAUUUUGAAAAGUUAUGUAGAACCAUCCAUGGAUUCCUAUCUUCGUUCCUUGUCACUCUUAGCUGCAACUGCUAGUCUUCCGAUUACUAGUAACAAAUUUGAUCAUUUACCAUUCAAUUACAUUGACUAUUUUGCCCUUCAGCAAUGUAGUUUAUUACUUGGAUCAGCACCGGUAACAUCGACUGAUCUGCUCAAAUUGGCUCAAUCAACAAAUCUUCUACAUAGCGCCGCCGUAACCACGCCAACAACUAAUUCUGGAACAGUGUUAUCGGACAAAAUUCCGUUCACCAGUAAAAUUGAUCAGGUUAACUGUUUUUCAAAUUUCAUAUCUGUUCUUCAAAUAGUAAAUCUGAGAAGGAUGAAAAUAUAG